GUUUACCUUUCCUACAUGACAAUCCAACAUUAUCUUGUUUUAAUAGUGCAAAUAUAUAUAUACAAAAGGCUAUUUAACAUGUUUGUGAAAUCUGCCAAUGAGCUAAAACAAAUAGUUUUGGAAUGGGAUCACUGUCAACUGUGCAAUUUCAGAGAUGGGGAAAAAAUGUUAGAACAUGUGAUGCAGAAGCACAUGAAAAAAGCUGUUUCUUGCUUAUACAAGGAAGACACAGGCUAUGCACUCCAGUGCCAUUUGUUCAGUUGCAAAGGGGAAAAGUUAACGAAACAAGGUCAUUUUCAUUGUCCAACAUGCGAAAAGUCUUUUGUUCGCGGAUACACCUUGAAACGACAUCAGGAGCAUCAUCAUUCAAGGCACAAGGAAACUAACAAAACACUGAAAUCUGGUAUUGCGAGAAUAUCUCUUCCCAAGAGCCACAAUUGCAAAGUGUGUGGUGAAUGUUUUCAAAAAGCUGAACAACUAAAGUUGCAUUCAUCAUUGCUACAUUCGUUUGAAAAAUCACUGCCAUCCGUUUGUAUUGACCGUUCACGCGGUAUAUUUAUGGUGGCACUAAGAAAAUCUGGUUUGGUAGCACCAAUUCAUGUCCAGAGCCAUAAGGUUUUGCAAGUCCAAAUCUGUGGUAAUGAGGUGUGCAACAAAGUAAUGAUGUCUGGUAAAUUGGACAAUCCCGCAAUCGAAUGUAUUCAUUUAAAAUCUGUUGGAUCAGCACAAAUGGCUGAAGUGAGACACCUUACUGUUGAGUCUUUACAAAAACUUUUGGACAUGAAACUUAUUAAGAAGGAUAAUUAUGACAAGUACAUUGGAAUGUAUGAGGAUAGUCUUAUAGAAAAGUAUCCCCUAGUUGUUCAAGCUGAUUUUUCAAACUUUGGUUGUAGCACAAGGAUGUUUUAUUAUUCCGUUUAUACUGGUAAAAAGGAUUACUACUGUCAAUUCAAAAGAGUCCGAGUAAAAUUUGACUCUGAAGUGGGAUAUUGGUCUUGUGAGUGUCCGUAUUCUGGAGAAAAUAAAACUUGCACUCAUGAAAUUGUUGCUAAGUGGCAUUGUACACAAACCAAUGGGGCGAUAUUAAAAAAUGAGAAAAGGAAAUUCUUCUUAUCAAAAGAUGAUAGAGAUUUGAUGGACUAUUUCAUAACCUGUAAAAAAAUACCUGCCCCAGAAAACUUGCCACCGAACUUGCUUAAAGACUCCGUACCUACCGACCGAUUAAUUCCAAAUGAAGAAUGGUGCCCACGGUGUCAAUCAGCUAUACACACACAAAGUGUUAAAAAGGCAACCGUUUACGGAUUAGGAAAGUUUUGGAGAAAUAUUUCAGUUGAAACUAAAGUUUGCACUGAAUGCACCUUUCCAAUAAGAUUUCAGGAUUAUUCUUCAGGAAUUCACAACUUCAACAACAAUGUAUUGUUGUCAUUAAACUUAUGCAGCUACUUGCUUCGUUCCAUUCAAAAUCAUGUUGGAGUUGAGACUGCAAUCAAAAUGAUCUACCCAAGUGAACAAGUACUAUCCAUUCCAGUCAACAUAAUAAGAAAUGCAUUUUAUCAUUUCUGUGCUUUGUCGGAUUUGGAAUAUAACUUCAAAUGCACCUUGUGUGGACCAAAUCCCAAAAUAAUUAUUGGUGAUGGCAACUGGAAAAAUACAUGCCAGAUUGCAAGUACAGUCAUUACAAUUUUUAAAUUCUGUUUGUUUACCUAAAGUGUCCCUUAUGUUUAAGUGGAAAAUUUGCAAGUACCCGAAGAUGUCCAUGAAACACUAGAUGUUCAGAAUCAGUGGAUGUCUUAUUGUAAAGAAAUUAU